GAGCUGAACCGCACCUGCCGAGCGAUGCAGCAACGGAUCGUGGAGCUGAUCUCCAGGGUGUCCAACGAAGAAGUCACCGAGGAGCUGCUUCAUGCCAACGAUGACUUGAAUAACGUCUUCCUCCGAUACGAGAGGUUUGAACGAUACAGGCUGGGCCGAUCAGCACAGAAUUCAAGCAACGGAGUUCUCAGCGAAGUGACCGAGGACAACUUAAUAGACCUGGGCCCUGGGUCCCCAGCAGUGGUCAGCCCCAUGGUGGGAAACACAGCCCCCGCCGCCACCCUCUCCUCUCAGCUUGCUGGGCUCGAUUUGGGCACAAACAACGUGAGUGGGGCUCUCAGCUCGCUCCCCCACAGCAACCCCCGGGAUGACUUUGACGUGUUCGCACAGACGAGAGGCGUCUCCGGGACAGAUCAGCGCAAAACCAGGGCAAGGGACGAACCACCAACGGGAUCCACUAAAGGGAUGGCACCUGCCCCGGAUAUCCGGAAACCAAAUUCAGGAGGGCGGAGAGGUAAAGGUGGGAGUUGCCCCAUGGAGCCCAUAGACAGGUGGCUCAUUUCCCAAGGAAUGAUUCCUGUCCCACAAUCCUCUGUCAUGGAGGACAUUGAGGAGUGGCUGAGUACCGACGUGAAAGGAGAUGAGCUGGAAGAAGGUGUGACCAGCGAAGAAUUCGACCGCUUCCUGGAGGAGCGGGCCAAAGCCGCGGAGAGGAUCCCCAACCUGCCCUCCCCUCCUCAGGAGGAGCCCACACCGCCGCCCGCCAACGCGCCGCCCAGCAAAAGGAAGACGGAGCGGUCCGAGGACGCCCUCUUCGCUCUGUAGCGGCCCUUUCCAUCCCCCCCCCUGCACGGAAGGAGGAGGCCGGGAGCAACCUGGCUAGCCAUGGGCCCCUUCCCGUCCCCGGUGGCCCCCCAACAGGUUGCCCUUUUCCCUCCUCCUCCUCCGGGGCUCGGCCCCAAUUCCUUAACCUGGGGAGGGUCUUGACAGCCGUUCUACCCCUCGGCUAGGGGUGGUUUCUCCCCUCCCUCUCACCCCUCUGAUGAUGCUGAGAGUCCUCCCCCCCGCCCCGUUUUUUCUUAAGUCAGAGAUCUGCAUGACUACUUGGCACAGGUUCCGUCCCCACUCCCUUCCCAGUCCUGUCCCACCACUCCCCGCCCCCU